AUGGCAGCCGUAGCUGUCAAUGGCGGCGCUGGCGCAAAGAAGCUCAGCAAGAACGCCUUCCGUAGACAGCAAAAGAAGGCGCAGAAGGAUCGCUCCGCCUCUGCCACUCCAUCUGUCGCCGAGUCGACCGACAUUUCCGAAGCAGAAACGUCUGUAGAGACCGGCCGCCAACCUGAUGCUCAGCUCAACACGCGCCAUGAUCCCAUGCAAACCAAGGGCCUCCCCAACGACGACUUCACCAUUACCGAAGACGAUCCUCUAUAUGCCGAAUUCCAGAAUGUCCUCUCCCGGUUCAACGACCUGGACAAGUCCCAAACAAAAGAAGACGAGAAGCCCGAGAUCUAUUACGAUGACGACAAUGACGACAUUCCUGAUGAGGAGGACGAGAAACAGCCGAAGCUGUCAAAGAAGGCACGCAAGGCGGCAAGCAAGUUGACCAUCGCCGAGCUCAAGCGUCUGGUGCGCAAGCCCGAGCUAGUCGAAUGGACCGAUAUCGACGCUUCAGAUCCGCUACUGCUGGUGCGUAUCAAGUCGCAGCGCAACGUUGUCCCAGUACCCUCGCAUUGGGCCCUGAAGCGCGAGUAUCUUUCUUCCAAGCGUGGUAUCGAGAAGACGCAUUUCAACCUGCCCAAAUUCAUCGCCGACACUGGUAUCGCCGAGAUGCGCGAUGCCGUGCUUGAAAAGCAGGCAGAGGCGACCUUGAAACAAAAACAGCGCGAGAGGGUACAAGGAAAGCUCGGCAAGCUGGACAUCGACUACCAAAAGCUGUACGAGGCCUUCUUCCGCCACCAAACAAAGCCCCCGCUUACUCGCUACGGUGAGGUCUACUACGAGGGUAAGGAAUACGAAACUAAUCUUCGCCAUCUGCGACCUGGUGAGUUGAGCGACGAGCUAAGAGAAGCUCUGAACAUGCCUCCGGGCGCGCCUCCACCCUGGCUUAUCAACCAACAACGUUUCGGUCCUCCUCCAUCAUACCCUGGUCUCAAGAUUCCCGGUUUGAACGCCCCUCCACCACCUGGCGCAUCAUGGGGCUUCCACCCUGGUGGCUACGGCAAGCCUCCUGUCGACGAAUACACAAAUCGCCCUCUUUUCGGUGGUGACAUCUUCGGUGUAAGCAACGCGGAGGACGAGGACGCACCUACCGGAGCGCCUGUGGAGAAGUCUCUAUGGGGUGAGCUGCAAGAGCGCGAGGAGGAAGAGGAAGAGGAAGACGAGGAUGAAGACGAGGACGAGGAAGACGGAGAUGAGGCUAUGGACGAGGAGGAGAUCGGUGCUGGGCUAGAAACGCCGAGCGGCAUGGCUUCCGCUGUUCCUACCGAAAUUGGCAUCGAGAGCGUUGGAGCCGACUUUGAACUACGCAAGAACGCAAGAGCACCCGAACCCGAAGACAACGGUGCACCUCGAUCAGCAUACCAGGUCCUUCCGGAACAGAAUAUUCGUGCUCAAGGUUUCUUUGGAGGCGAGAGAGCGUACGACCUGCGGGCAGCACAGCCAAAUCUGCCUGUUCUGGGACAAGAAAACAGGGGAAGCAAGCGCAAGGUCGGCGACAUCGAUGUCAGUGUAGACGUAGAUGCGCUGGAAAGAGACGAUCGCUUGAGCAAGGACGAGAUUCAAAGGCAAUUCGAGGUCCAAAGACAAGCACAAGCAGACGGACAGUGGAAGGGAAGAGUGGAUCAGGAAGAUUUGAGUCAGAUGAUUGCCGAAGAGAGCAACAAGAGGCUGAAGCAAGACAAGGAAAGGAACGAGCGCAGAAGAGGAGGCGGUGAUAGCAGGAGCAGCAGGAGAUAA